AACACUUUUAGUUGGGCCUCUUCUCGAUAAUCACCUCUCAAAUCCAAAUUUCCAAAACAAACAAAAUAUCCAGAGCAUUAUCGGAGAAACCAAAAGGAAAAUUCAAUGGCGACAGAAGCACAAAAGCAGCUCAAAUUCAUGGAAACUCGCAAAUGCACAAAUCAACAAACAUACAUGGAGUAGUAGUUCGGUGAGAAGUAGCUACUCAGAUCCCUGAUUUUCCAACUGUAGUCGUGCAUCAAAAAAAUAUAAAUGAAAAUGUGCUGCGAGACAGCGUUUGUGUCGCAGCAGCAAAUAUAGCAUCUUAAAAGCAAGGAAGAGCUCGCGAAGUUGCUGAAUUUUCUGAAACUUUGCGAGAUUCACUGGUUUUUCUCCUACUCUUUUUUUUUUUGGGUGUGUGUGUGUGGUAAUUUUAAUGUUUUGUUAAGUGGAAUGCUGGAAUUCGAUAUUGAACUGUGAACCGUAGCUUUAUUUUCAGCUUUUAAAGUUUGUUUUGAGUGUAUUUAGGUGUUGGCAUUGUGAAUCUGUGGGCUAAUAGUUGCAGAGAUUAGCAGCAAAUAAAAACUGAGUUUGAUUCUAUUAUGAUUUUGUCAUUAGGAUAUAUGCCUCUCUAUUACUGUAGAGAGUUGAAAUUGAAUGUAAAUUUAUAUUGGCAUGAACCAAAUCUUUUAGUUGCAUACUCUCAGAGGUGAAUCCAGGACGUAAAUUUUAUGGGUUCGACCUUUAGAUUCUUACAGGAAAACCCAUUACACAUUUCAAAUUAUGGGUUCAAAAUUUUAUAUAUUUUGAAGCUUUAGUGAUUUUCCGUAUCUAUACUCCAUGUCGAAAUUGAACUAUACCCUCCAUCUGCCACUGCAUACUCUUAUAGCCUCAUGGAGGUUGGAAAAACCACAAUUACCACUUAACAGAUUAAUCAUCAGAAAACAAACAGGUAUCCGUUUUGGAGGGUUCUGCGAAAAAGAAAGGUCUUAUUGUUUCUUUUUCUUUUCUUGCCUUGUUUUUAUUUUUUGCCUUGGUAGUGGAGAUGUAUGAUGAUGGAAAUGAAGGUGAAUACAAGAAUUAUGGAGGAACGUUCCCUCUGGAGAAAUACUCUAAGACAGCAAACAGCCAAAAAUAGCUUGGAGUUGGAGAAGACACUGUGCUCUACUUAAUUUCUUAUUAUUCUUCCUUCCGUACUACUACGUGUUCGAAAAAUAUUAGAGAUGAUAACAUUUGGAAGAACAUAUAAUCAACAAACAAAACACAAUAGUUAACUAGUCUAAAAGAAGAGAUAGAGUGUUGCAUGUGAAACCGGAUCGCGGCACGCUCAAGAUACAAAGAAUCACUCAGGAAUCUUCUAAUGUGCACUCAAAUAGAAGUUUCAGAGAACUCUUAGUCUAGGAAUUCAGAGUGAACGAAGAAACGAACUCCUGAAAAGAGUAACAAUAUGAAGUAUCAAAAAGAUGAAGACAUGGAAACACCAGAUUUGAUUUUUUCGCUGACCUGGCAUAGGUAUUUACAGCAAUUCAACUAGUAACUAACAUACCUUUUUAAGAAUAUGUGUAUCCUUUAAGACAGGAAACAACUUAUCACAAAGAACAUAUGUAUCCUUUAAGAAUGGAUGACACCUUUUCAAAACGUAUUAUGUCUUGUCCAAAAAACAUUUUAAAUUAUGAAUCGCCUUCUAAAUAAAUGCCAACACUAUGAUAUCCUGGAAACUGUGGGGGAUUAAAAUCAAAAAAGCUAUUCCGUCCUUCCGAAGAUCAAGAAAUUUCUAUUCAGAAUAAAAUGUGACAGCUUGGGAAGCUUAUAAAAUGCUUUCCUUAAACUACUAACCAGUGUUAAUAUAAAAGACACCAAUCGGUCUUUUGGUUGCAGUGAUUAGGAACUCCUGAAUAUUUGGAAAAGCAACAACCAACAAAAAUCUGUCCUGCUUUCUGCCAGUCAUUAUUACAUUUGUUAUGUCUCUUUAUUCAUUGUUUUCGUCAAGCUGCUAUAAAUAAAGGGGUGCGCUACAUGAUAAAGAUGCCGUGGAUGAUGGCGUAUGCAUUUUUUGUCUGUUUUUCCCAUUUAUGGAGAAAUGUUCCUCAUUCUGUGCUUUUCAGAUUCUUCGGGACGAAACUAGAUGAUGGAAUCCUGUGAUUGCGUUGAGGCUCUAAUGCCAAAUGAUGACCUGCUGGUUAAAUACCAAUACCUUUCAGAUUUCUUCAUUGCCUUUGCCUAUUUUUCCAUUCCGCUGGAGCUUAUUUAUUUUGUCCACAAAUCUGCAUGCUUCCCAUACAGAUGGGUCCUCAUGCAGUUUGGCGCUUUUAUUGUUCUCUGUGGAGCAACUCAUUUUAUUAGCUUGUGGACAUUCUUUAUGCACUCUAAGACGGUCGCUGUGGUUAUGACCAUAGCAAAAAUUUUAACAGCUGCUGUGUCCUGUAUCACAGCUUUGAUGCUUGUUCACAUUAUUCCUGAUUUGCUAAGUGUUAAAACGCGAGAAUUGUUCUUGAAAGCUCGAGCUGAAGAGCUUGACAAGGAAAUGGGCCUAAUAAUAAGACAAGAAGAAACUGGCAGACAUGUCAGAAUGUUGACUCAUGAGAUAAGAAGUACACUCGACAGACACACAAUCCUGAAGACUACUCUUGUGGAGCUAGGUAGGACCUUAGACCUGGCAGAAUGUGCUUUGUGGAUGCCAUGCCAAGGUGGCCUGAAUUUGCAACUUUCCCAUAAUCUCAACAAUCUAUUACCUCUGGGAUCUACUGUGCCCAUAAAUCUUCCUAUUAUCAAUGAGAUUUUUAGUAGCCCUGGAGCAAUACAGAUUCCACAUACAAAUGCGUUGGCAAGGAUGAGGAACACUGCUGGUAGAUAUAUUCCACCAGAAGUAGUUGCUGUUCGUGUACCUCUUCUACACCUCUCAAAUUUUCAUAUUAAUGACUGGCCUGAACUGUCUGCUAGAAGUUACGCAGUGAUGGUUCUGAUCCUCCCAAUGAAUGGCCUAAGAAAGUGGCGUGAUCAUGAGUUAGAACUUGUGCAAGUCGUCGCAGAUCAGGUUGCUGUCGCUCUUUCACAUGCUGCAAUUUUAGAAGAGUCCAUGCGAGCCCAUGAUCAGCUCAUGGAACAGAAUAUUGCUUUGGAUGUAGCUCGGCAAGAAGCAGAGAUGGCCAUCCGCGCUCGUAACGACUUCCUAGCUGUGAUGAACCAUGAAAUGAGAACACCUAUGCAUGCAGUUAUUGCUUUGUGCUCUCUGCUUUUAGAAACAGACUUAACUCCAGAGCAGAGGGUUAUGAUUGAGACCAUACUGAAGAGUAGCAAUCUUCUGGCAACACUGAUUAAUGAUGUGCUAGAUCUUUCCAGACUUGAAGAUGGUAUUCUAGAACUAGAAAAUGGAACAUUCAAUCUUCAUGGAAUCUUAAGAGAGGCCGUUAAUUUGAUAAAGCCAAUUGCUUCUUUGAAGAAAUUAUCUAUAACUCUUGCUUUGGCUCUGGAUUUACCUAUUCUUGCGGUGGGUGACGCAAAACGCCUUAUUCAAACUCUCUUAAAUGUGGCGGGAAAUGCUGUGAAGUUCACUAAAGAAGGUCAUAUUUCAAUUGAGGCUUCAGUUGCUAAACCGGAGUACGUGAGAGAUUGUCAUCCUCCUGAAGUGUACCCUAUGCCAAGCGAUGGCCAGUUUUAUUUGCGCGUCCAGGUUAGAGAUUCUGGGUGUGGCAUUAGCCCACGAGACAUCCCACUCGUAUUCACCAAAUUUGCAGAGGCACAAACUACAUCAAAUCGAAGUAGUGGAGGGGAAGGGCUGGGGCUCGCCAUCUGCAGACGAUUUAUUCAACUUAUGAAAGGUAACAUCUGGAUUGAAAGUGAGGGCCUAGGAAAGGGAACUACUGUCACCUUUGUAGUUAAACUUGGAGUCUGCAACCAUCCAAACGCAUUGCCUCUGCUACCUAUGGCCCCUAGAGGGAGGUUGAACCAAGGUAGUGAUGAUCUAUUCAGGUAUAGACAGUUCCGUGGAGAUGAUGGUGGGAUGGCUGGGACCGUUCAACGCUAUCAAAGGAGUUUGUAAAUGACAACAAACAUUGGUGACAUAGUACACUAGACCAGGAUUUGUGAAUUUGUGUUUUAUUCACUGUUCUGAAUGCUCCAAUGACAGUGACUCAAUGUAACUACUUAAUUCAGUGCCCGAAAAGAGGACUGAAAAUUGCUUGCAUCUUGAAAAUGUCACUAUUGAAAUUAUAUAGCUAGCUUUAUACAACAA